AUGACUGAGGAAGAAGUUAAAGUUUCUGAGACCCCCGACGUUGCUACUACGGAGGAGAAGACAGCUGAAGUGUCUGUAGGAUCUAAGCGCAAGGCUGAAGACGUCGCCGAAGAAACGGGAAAGACUGAAGAAGAAGAAGAAGUCAAGCGACCAAAGACUGACGACAAGGAGGAAGAGAAGAAGGAAGAAUCUAAGGCCGAUGUUACUGAAGAGAAGAAGGAAGAACCUAAGGCCGAUGUUACUGAAGAGAAGAAGGAAGAACCUAAGGCCGAUGUUACUGAAGAGAAGAAGGAAGCUACUGUUGAAACCAAGAAGGCUACACCUAAGAAAUCAUCCAAGGGUAAGGGUAAGGCCAAGAGCCGAUAUGCUCAGUUGGAUCAGGAAGAAGAUGAAGAUGAAGAUGAGGGUGAGGGUGAAGAUGAAGAUGACGAAGCCAAGCUUGCUGAAGAGGAAGAAGACUCUCUUGAAGAGAUUGAUACUUCCAACAUCAUUCCUGGUAGACGUACUCGUGGUAAGAUUAUUGAUUACAAGAAGAUCAACGAGGAACUUGAGAAGAAAAAGAGAGAGGGUAUCACCGACGACUUGUUGGAUGACGAGGAUGAUGAUGAUGAUGAUGCCAAUUUCCAGGAGCCCAUUGCUGAGGAAGAGUAA